UAAUAAAGGCCGCGUGUGAGUUUCUAUAUACAUCGGCCUUCUUUUAUACUCGCCGUCGCUUCUCGAGAGAAAAAGAAAGAGGGAGACAGAGAUGUCGUACUUGCUACCGCACUUGCACUCCGGCUGGGCCGUCGAUCAGGCCAUCCUCGCCGAGGAAGAACGUCUCGUCGUUAUCCGGUUCGGCCAUGAUUGGGACGAAACUUGUAUGCAGAUGGAUGAAGUGCUUGCUUCAGUUGCAGAGACAAUAAAGAACUUUGCUGUGAUCUACCUUGUGGACAUCACUGAGGAACAAGCAUAUUAUGAUUGA